GAUGUUUCCCACUUCAGUGUACAUGCAGUCAGAGUGUGGGCACACUGUGACGUCACACGGUGACAUUAUCUACUCCCAGGCAUCACUUUACUACCAGCCUAGAGCCAACUGCACAUUGACACUGCUAGCUCCACACCCAGGACAGAAAAUCCGUCUACAGUUUGUGGACAUUGACAUAAAAUCAGACGAAUCGUGCCAGUCCAACCAUCUUACAGUCGGCGAUGGAGAAUCGGUUUCUCAAGUAUUCUGCGGCCAGCAACCUCCAGUGGAUGUAAUCUCAUCAGGGGAGUGGCUUCAACUCAAUUUCAAAUCUGAUGGUGUGCAGAGUAGAAGUGGGAGGGGCUUUCAGAUGGUCUUCACUUUGAUAUACCAAGACUUGAGAUGUGCGGGCCACCACCUGUUUCACUGUGGCAACGGUGACUGUAUUUCUUCAACUCUGAGAUGCGACACUGUGGAUCACUGUGGGGAUGGGUCAGACGAAGCUCAACAUGGAACUUGUGAAGAUGACGAAUCAACUCCGACUGCCACUCCUGAACUCACGCUCACCACGAUACUCUUUGGCUCUAUCGCUCUUCUGAUUACCGCCUGCUUCUUCGUGGGGAUAAUCUCACAGUGCUUCAUUCACAUAAACAACAUAUGUAAGAAAUGUCGCAGGCCUGAAACUUUCCAGAGGGGGGAUGCUGCAUGGACAGAAUGCCAACCACGUGAAUCAAUGGCGAGACUUUUGGAUAUAACACAGCUGGAGGUUAACGAGCACGACGAGAAAAACGUGGAUGCGAAUUUGAACAGGAUGGAGAAGGAGACGUCUCAAAAGCCGUUAGAGAACGAAAAAAAUGGACAGACUUUUGGAAGAUUCACCAUUCACAAAGUUCAGCACACCGAAGAUGCAGAUAAAUGUAACCAUGUAAACAACAGAGGGGAUGCAGAGCCUUCUAAAGAUGGUGGAAUGACAGAUGAAACUCCAAGAAAUAUGAGCAUCGGACGAUUUAACGUACAGCGAGUAGACAAUGCUGGCAUAGACGUAGUUCCAGUCUCGAUGAUCAACCUGACCGACUCGAUGAAGAGAAUACCCAGACGGAAAGUUGGUUUUGUUCUCAAACCCGGAGUGGCUGAGAUCACUCGACGCGAAUCGAAAGUCAAAUUUGUCUUCCACAGCGACCCUGUGCCACCCAGUCCGAGUUCGUCUACGUCCUCAAAACGCUCGAUCCUAAAGAAGAACCCAAAGUAUCCUGACUAUCAAAACUACGAAUCCAAGCUCAACAGCAGCUAUUUUGGAAGCACGGACGACUCAUCUGAUGAGGAUGUCUUUAUCAGUGAUUACAGUGAUGAAAGUAUAGAUGAACGACUGAGAGAUGUUGAGGAGUUUCUAGACACCCCAAGACGCCAGGACAGCGAUCUCACCACGCAGGACCAAGUCCUUAAUGUUGAGGAGUUCCUAGACACCCCAAGACGCCACUACAGCGGUCUCAAAGACACCACGGAGGACCAAGUUCUUAAUGUUGAGGAGGUCCUAGACGCCCCAAGAAGCCACGGAAGCGAUCUCAAAGACACUAUGGAGAACCAAGUUCCUCAUGUUGAGGAGGUCCUAGACACCCCCGGAAGCCACAGAAGCGAUCUCAAAGACACCACGGGGAACCAAUUUCCUAAUGUUGACGAGGUACUACACACCCCAAGAAGCCACGGAAGCGAUCUCAAAGACACCAUGGAGAACCAAUUUCCUGUGAACACAGAUAUUACGAUACAUGAUAACCCACUCACACCCGAGGUUGAAAUCAGAUGCUUGCUUCAGUCACAAGGGACGAAUUCGAACGAUAUCUACAACUCUAAUAUUCAGAUGAAACUCUUGCACGAGAAGAGUAGCCUUGACGUUGCACCUUAUGGGUUUACAGUGAAGAAACAAAACAAUGGGGCAGGUAAACAUGGCCCAGAAGUGAACCAUAUCCAACUUUGAAAUAUGUAAAUAUAAAUACAUGAAAACUCACUUAACAGUGGUGCAAUAAACUGCAUUUCCUGCAAGUAUUUGUAUGUUGGACUCUGUAAGUUUCCUUUACUUUUUGAGGCAAAGUAAAGGGAAACUGAAUUUUCCCCAAAAAUUUGAGUAUCACUGGCAUUGCGCGGUCUACAGCCAAUCAAUCUUUAAGGAUCUCUCUAAACCAAAUCAUAAAUGGCAUGAAGUACAGUUGUUUUGACUGGUAUGAACAUGUAGAUGUAAAUAGAUGUGAAAUUUGCAGGAUAUAUAGAAUAUUAAUUUUGGUUUGAACCUUAAAGGAUGUGGGUACACAAAACACAGUGUCCACAGUUUGCAUAAAACUUCCACCGUUUGAAGAUAAUGAUGAUAGCAGAAAGCGUACCCUAAAACAUUAGUUGCUGAGUUGCUGUAC